AUGUCUCUUUUAAAACCAAGUGGUAGUAAUAAACGAAAAAUUACCGAUGAAUAUCGUCAGUUUCACUACAGGAGAGGUGUAUUCGUUUAUGUUGUUGAACUCUUGAAAAAAUAUGAUUUAUCUUUGGGAAAGUUGUCAUCUGUAGCUACAGAUGGAGCACCUUCUAUGACGGGGAAAAAUAAAGGAUUCGUUGAAAGAUUGCAAAAAAAAGCGAAUGAAUAUGUUGAGCAUAAAUUUCAUAGGACACAUUGUAUUAUACACCAAGAGGUGUUAUGUACAAAAGUUAUAAAUAUGGCACAUGUAAUAAGACCUGUAAAACAAAUGGUCAAUUUUAUAAGAUCCCGUGGUUUGAACCAAAGAAAAUUUUCGAUUUUUUUAAACGAUUUAGAAAGCGAGUAUUCAGGUUUACCAUACUUUACAGAAGUACGAUGGUUAUCGUGUUCCACUGUAUUGGAAAGAUUCUGGAAGUUAAGAGAUGCCAUACAAAUAUUUUUAGAGUCUAAAGAACAAGAUGUCAGCGACCUAUCCUUCAUGGUCAAUAUAACGAAGUAUUUAUCGAAUUUAAAUUUAAAAUUACAAGGGAAAAAUAAAAUUAUAACAGCCAUUAAUGACCAUGUUAAGGCUUUCAAAUGUAAAUUUGAUCUAUUUAAAACACAAUUACAAAACGAAGACUUAACGCAUUUCCCAGCAUGCAUGACGUAUACAAAAAUUAAUAAUGAUCCAAUUUCCUACAAAAAAUAUUCAGAAAAAAUUAUGUGUUUCAAGACUGAAUUCGAAAAUAGGUUUCAAGAUGUCCAAUAUUUAGAAAACGAUUUUGUCUUAUUUACCUCUCCUUUUUCAACAGACGCAGUAAAUGUUUCAACACAUAUACAAAUGGAAUUGAUCGAGAUUCAAAAUGAUUCAAAUUUAAAAAAUAAAUUCAAUGAUGUUGGUUUUCCUGAUUUUUACAGUUUUGUGCCAACACGUUAUGUAGAAAUUCGUAGAUUUGCAAGUAAAAUUAUCUCUAUGUUUAGUAGUACUUAUCAAUGCGAGCAACUUUUUUCAUUAAUGAACAGUAAUAAAACACCCGUAAGAUACAGAUUAACCGACACACAUCUAAAUGCAGGAUUAAAAGUGGCUUCGUAA